AUGCAUAGUCAGGCUUCAAGCAGAGAAAAUAGCCAGAGAUUUACAAAACUAAAGAAAGUAGAAACAAUUCCAAAUCCAGACAUUUACGACAUAACAUACGUCGAUAUUUCUGCAUCCGACGGUUCAUCUUCACCUUUGUCCAAAUCACCAUGGUCCGUACACGUAGACCCCACCGACGCAGUAGAACCACCGUCGCACUCGUCGGUGAAAGCCUCGGUUACGCAUUCCACAACCGACGAAUCCGAAAACUACUCUCCAAACAUUCUCAUGGGAUCUCUUGUCCGUGAAGAAGGCCAUAUCUAUUCCUUAGCUACAUCUGGAGAUUUACUCUACACAGGAUCUGAUUCCAAAAACAUCAGAGUUUGGAAAAAACAUGUCGAAUUCUCCAGUUUCAAAUCGAAUAGUGGAUUAGUGAAAGCGAUUGUUCUCGCCGGAGACAAAAUCUUCACCGGACAUCAAGACGGAAAAAUCCGUGUCUGGAAAAAUUCCUCUAGAGAUUCAAACAUUUUCCGUCGUGUCGGCACGAUGCCGAAUCUCAGAGAUUUCAUCAGAAACUCGAUCGCUCCUUCCUCGUAUUUCAAUUUCACGAGACGGAAUCGGACAAGCGCGCAGGGAUUCCGACACCUAGACGCGAUCUCGUGUCUGGCUCUGAGCGAAGACAAGAGGCUUUUGUAUUCAGGUUCGUGGGAUAAAACGUUUAAAGUGUGGAGAGUCUCAGAUCUGAGAUGUUUGGAAUCGGUCAACGCUCAUGAAGACGCAGUCAACGCCGUCGUUUCCGGUUUCGACGGUUUGGUUUUUACCGGUUCAGCUGACGGUACGGUUAAAGUGUGGAGGAGAGAAGAUCAAGCGAAAGCGACGAAACAUUUCUUCUCAGAGACGCUUUUGAAACAAGAUUGCGCCGUUACGGCGAUCGCGGUUGAACAAAGCGCGACGUUAGUUUACUGUGGUUCGUCUGACGGAACCGUUAACUUUUGGGAAAGAGAUAACAGUAUGAAAAACGGCGGCGUUUUGAGAGGUCAUAAACUCGCCGUGCUCUGCCUCGUCGCGGCGGGGAAUCUGUUGUUCAGUGGCUCGGCUGAUUUGGGGAUUCGUGUUUGGAGGAGGCCGGAACGUGGAGCUGGAGGAGAGCACGUAUGUUUAUCGGUGUUGACGGGACACGCGGGUCCGGUUAAGUGUUUGGCGGUGGAGAGAGAUCAAGAAUCGGCUUCUGGUGAGAGACGGUGGAUUGUGUACAGUGGGAGUUUAGAUCGGUCGGUGAAGAUGUGGCGUGUGUCGGAGAAUUCACCGCCGAUGGUGAAUCAAGAGUUUCGAUCGUCGGGUAGAGUAGCUAGCGCAGGAGACAAAAACGCUUUAGCCGCAUCAUUCGUCUUCGGCGAUUCGCUAGUAGAUGCAGGAAAUAACAACUACUUACAAACGUUGUCUAGAGCCAAUAGUCCUCCUAAUGGCAUUGAUUUCAAACCAUCUCGUGGAAAUCCAACGGGAAGGUUCACUAAUGGUCGUACCAUAGCUGAUAUCGUUGGAGAAAAGUUAGGACAACCAAAUUAUGCAGUUCCAUAUUUAUCACCAAAUGCAAGUGGUGAAGCAAUAUUAGAUGGUGUGAAUUACGCAUCAGGUGGUGGUGGUAUUCUCAAUGCUACUGGAAGUGUAUUUGUGAAUCGGUUAGGAAUGGAUAUACAAGUCGAUUACUUUAGCAUUACAAGAAAGCAAUUUGAUAAGCUUUUGGGUGAAGAUAAGGCCAGAGAUUACAUCAGGAAGAGAUCCAUAUUCUCCAUAGUCAUUGGCUCAAACGAUUUUCUCAACAACUAUCUAGUCCCUUUUGUCGCGGCUCAAGCAAGGUUAACACAAACCCCUGAAGCUUUUGUUGAUGACAUGAUCAACCAUCUUCGUGACCAACUUAAGAGAUUAUAUGCACUGGACGCUCGUAAAUUUGUGGUGGGGAAUGUGGCUCCCAUCGGGUGUAUACCAUACCAAAAAUCGAUCAAUCAAUUAAAGGACAAGCAGUGUGUUGAUUUAGCAAACAAACUGGCUCUUCAGUACAAUGCUCGUCUCAAAGAUCUCUUGUUGGUGGAAUUGAAAGAUAGUUUUAAAGACGCACACUUCGUUCAUGCCAACGUCUUUGAUCUAGUCAUGGACCUCAUUGUCAAUUACAAAGACUAUGGGUUUAGGACGGCGAGUGAGGCGUGCUGUGGGACGGGAGGGAGAUUGGCAGGGAUAUUGCCAUGUGGACCAACCUCGAGCCUUUGUACGGACCGGUCAAAGCAUGUGUUUUGGGACCCGUACCAUCCUAGCGAAGCUGCUAAUCUUCUCAUUGCAGAUAAAUUAGUCUUUGGUGACUCCAAAUUCGUUACUCCUUUUAAUCUCCUCCACCUUCGUGACCUUUGA